CAUGCUCCAACGUCACCCACGCUCCUUUCGACCUGGCUUGUUUUCUGUUCUGUUUCUCUCAGCCGCGUCAUUCUUGUACAAUGACGUCGGUCGUCUUUUCCCCUUGAGCGUUUACCAGCUUUGCGCAGGAGCAAGUCAACCUCGAUACCCAAUAUGGAGGUGUUGCUAGCAAAGGUCACCCAGCAGGCUAUGAGCUAUGCUAUUCGCAGUGGCAUAGCUAUCACAAGUACAUAUGCGAUCAAACAAUGCGGCCGACUAAUGAAAACGGUCGAUGGCCAAGAAAAGCAAGAGCUUGCAGCACUGCAAUCACGGCUGGACUCGAAGAUCAAGAUUAUCUCGCCGGCAAUAGACAUGAUCGAGCUCAUCUCAGCACGUGGAAACACUACACUUGAAUCAGCAGUCACAUUGACCAAAUCUUUGCGGUGGGACAUUCAAUCGCUCGGCAGCCGUGUAGAGAAGGCGGUUGUUGAGGAGCAGCUUUCUAGGAGAGGCAGCUCAAGAGCAAAGUCACGAGCCCAGAAUGACAUGGAGUUGAGGAUGAUUAUCGCUGAGAUGAAGCAACUUUUAGCCCGAAUCGAAGACGCAGUGCCGCUGAUCAAUCUUGCUAUCACAACAUCGGGCGUCAGUUUGUCUACCAAUCUACCGCCGACUGUUUCUCCAUCCCGGCUGCUGCAGGCCAGCACCUUCCUCACCGCUGGAGAUUCGCACUAUUGCAUGUCGAAACCCAGGGCUCAGCAGAUUGGUCCGACGUUUACCCUCUCGAUGUACAUGCUGUUUUCGGGCUAUGCUGUUCCGACUCACGAUGAGCUGCUUCGCCAACGCGAGACGACAUGGAAGGAAGUCAUGCACAAAGCUAGAGUGACGUUGCUGAGGGUUCCGCUAGAGAAUGUCUACGACUACCCAGUUCCAUUCAGCACAAAAGCCAGCAAGGCUGAUGAAGGCAACCAUCGUCACAUUCCAUCGGAGAGUGCGCUACAGGAGUUUGCGUACCAACUCCUGAUAGUCGAAGACUUGGAUGAUGGUCGCGUGCACACGUUCGAGGAUGACGAGCCUCAACCUGGUCCGUAUGAUGGAGUUGAUCAAGCUGGUGUACGGGAGAUCAUACCCAUUCACGAGAUCUCGAAGAUCUUCUACGCCGACACAGGCAAGAUCUUGAACAUCGGCGGCGACGGUGAGGCUAACAACCCAAUACUCUUGUUGAAGCGCGACGUCAACGCGCCGCCUCCGCGCCGAAUGAUGGAACAUGAGCCCACAGACACUGGAUAUGAGUCCGAUGACUCGCACACAGUAGGCGAAGGAGACGACGAGCAAUCCGAACUAGACGCCCAGUUCCGUCGCGAAUCUACGGCAGACCUCGCGGAAGAAGAAGCAGUGCAAGCAGAGUCUGCAACCUACCCCUGGCGCCUACCUCCAACGCUCGACUUGGAAUGGAUGGCCUUCGAAGUCUACCAGGAAGAACUUGAUUCGGACUCGGACUUUGACGACACCGGAGAACCAGCACUAGACAUCUCAACACCCUCAGCCGCAGACACGGCUGCCAGCCGGUCUCGCUCAGAAUCACCAGGUCUCCUAUCAAGCCUCUCGAACCUCAACCUGCAUCCCUCGACCCCGCCGUCCCAGUCCGGGCAGCUCGUUCCCUCCCCCGAAAAAUCCGCCAUACCCACCCACGCAACCAGCACCCCACCGACCACCCUCCCCCCAAUAAAAACCUCCCUCUCAAUGCUGGAAAUGCUCAUCCGCCUGACCGCUUUGCAGCAAUUCCAGCAAUCCUCACACCUCGCGAUCCCAGACGAGUUCCUCACAUUCUUCCUCUCGGAGAGCAGUACGGUGGGUUCGGGCGGGGACUCUGAGUUGAGGAGAAGAGCGAGGAGGGAGGCGAGGCAGAGAGUGGGGUUUGAUCCGUAUGAUGAGAGUCCGAUUAAGCGGCGGGGAGAGGAGUAUCAGGCGCGGGCUAGGCAUGAGGAGAGAGAGGGGUUGAGUCAAGAUCGCGAAGAGUAUGAGGAGGGGAGGGGAGGAGAGGUACAGUAUGACUACGUUGGGUAUCCGACAGGCAGCCGUUCAGGGAUGAGUACGCCGUACUCGCAGUCUGGGACGCCAAACCCGCCGUCGACAGGGAGGAGUAAGUCGACAGUCGAUGUCUCAUCACUGAGUCGUCCGAGCCACGCGUCGAUGAGCAGUCCGAGUCCGUUACUGAGGAGAGCAACGACACAGACGGGGCAGGAGAAGAGUUCCAGGUUCAGACAGCCCAGAUUUCCUCCGCCGCAGCCGCAAACACCGCCGAGUAGCUGAAGGGGAAGAUGUAUGAUUCGCGUCUCGAAGGGAGUCGGUACACGGUACGAUGACUUGGCAUUUCCGGCGCUCGUGUGGCUCCUGUUUUCACUUCUCCAUCAGCGCAG